GUGCUCUAAGAAUAGAGUCAUGUUUCCGUGAGUUACGUUAUCUAACAAAAGAAAAAGGAUCCCGAUUCUAGUUCCUGCUGUGAACGAGUGUGUGAAUCUAGAUGCGGACUGCACCUACUGAACGAAGAGUGUUGAAAUGCACAAACCCCCAUCUGAGAAAUAUGACGUCUUAUUGAGAGAGUCAAUAUCAAAAGCCUGUGAUAUGUGUUGUGAACAGACCAUGGGAGCAUGACUGUGAAGUAGACGGCUCUUGACCAACUGAUGAUUCAAAGGGAGAUAAGUGUGACAACAAAAUCAAGCUGUGUUUAUGUUUUCUUUUCCGAUGUGUUUCUCCCUGGAAUUAUCACUGGAUCAAUAUUUUGACUGACCUCACGAUUUUCGUUGUUGGAAUGCGAGACGUAUUGGGUGUUGGGAGGAUACCUGGCAACAGCAAUAAGUGUGUAACUACCUCAGUCGGUUCAAACUGAUCCUAUAACUUCAAUGUGUUACGACAAUGUUUCGAACUGGUGCCUUCAAAAAGCGAACGUUUGAGAAGAUGGAAAACCUGCUGAUAAUUAUACUGCUCUGUACUUUCACUGCUCAUUGCAAAGGAGGUUCCUUGCAUCUCUUCAGUUCUCCACCCACCGCAACAGAUGGCGGCCUCUUCACCCUGGUAUGCACCAAUAGAAGUCGUGGUAUCAGUGGUAUGAAGUGGUAUCUGGAUGACAAUGAAGCUUUCACUACCAAUGCCGAGGGAGCAAAAGAAACGUGCUCACUGGGGAAACCAAGCUCUUCUCCAAUCAAGUCCAUGACAGAUCGUGUCACAGUUAGCUGUGACAACCUUCAACACAAUGUGACUCUCACAAUAAACUCAAAGAUAGACAAUGGAUCUGUGUGGUAUUGUGAGGAUAAUGCUGUGACUGGCACUCCACAGGUUACAAGACCAAAUAGUAACAGACUAACUAUCUAUGUAACGAGUGUAGGACGUACAAGUACCUGGACAUAUGGAUCGUCAACGUCGUCAACGUCGUCAACAGCGUUCGGGCCCUCUGAUGUGGACAACAACAGUACAGAUACACAAAACAUUGUUUACGCUGCGGCUGGAGGAGGCCUAGGAGGGGGAGGUGUCUUCAUCAUGGUCUUCAUCCUCUGAGUCGUGUGUGUCAGGAGAAGGAGGCAUCGCACCUGUAACGCACCCAGCGUGAAGGAGAAUCGGCAUCCAUCAACCACUGAGAACGGACUCAGAAAUUCAGCUUUCCAAAACGACUCAAGUAACGAAGAUAUAAUGGUGGAGAAUGACCUGUAUCAGAGAUCGUCAGUUGUCAGUCCGGCCAGCGACAAUCUCGGAAAUACAGAUGGGGUCACAGCACACAUCGUGAAGGAGAAUCGGCAUCCACCAACCACUGAGAACGGACUCAGAAAUUCUGCUUUCCAAAACGACUCAAGUAACGAAGAUAUAAUGGUGGAGAAUGACCUGUAUCAGAGAUCAUUAGUUGUCAGUCCGGCCAGCGACAAUCUCGGAAAUACAGUUGGGGUCACAGAUAUCCAUGCUAAGGUGAACAAAGUUCAGAAAGAUAUACCAGAACCGCCCACUGUUCCUGUUAUCGUCAGUCCUAUCCCUGGAAAUGAUCUGGCUGAAGAAUUAUAAAUAUAUAAUAUAUAUUUGUUUUUAUUUUAGUUGACAAUAAAAGUGUUCCAAGUCUAAAUAUAUAAGAUACAACUUGCAGUUAUUCAUUCAUUAACAUCAUUUUAACUUUGGAACUGUGUAUGUAUAAUACCUCUUGUGGGGUACAGUGGAUUAGCCGUCGCUUGUCAUGUUGAAGGUCCGGGUUCGAUUCCUAACAUGUCUGCAAUACGUGACGCCAAUUCCUGGUGACCCAUGCCGUGAUAUUGUUGGAAUAUUGCUACAAAUACAACAUUCUCUUCUGUCACACCCCUAACACACUCUAAACAUCCCUUUCCGCCCCCUAUCACACCCCUUGCCCAUACAUAUACAGGUCUAAACAUAGCCUUACGCCCCCUGUCACACCCCUUCCACACAGACACACGGUAAACACCCCUUUCCUCAUCCUGUCACACCUAAAUCCAUACCUUCCCAAUUCUGUCACAUCCCAAGCCACACCUUCCCCACCCUGUAACAUCAAAGUCACACCUGACUCAUCCUGUCACACCCCAAACCACACCUUCCUCAUCCUGUCACACCCCAACCACAUCUUCCCCGUUCUGUCACACCCCAAACCACACCUUCCUAGCCCUGUCACCUCCCAAAACACACCUUUCCCAUUCUGCCACACCCAAAACCACACCUUCCCCAUUCUGUAACACCCCAAACCAUAUCUUCCUGACCCUGUCACCCCCA